UUGAAGCAAUGCCAUCAGCAGCAGAUUUGGCAGCUAAGGGAGCGGAUGCUCUCUCUGCUUCUCAAUACGCUGAAGCGAUCCGACUCUAUACUGAAGCCAUUGCGCAGUCACCAACCGCAGUUGACUACUACAUCAAAAGGAGCACCGCGUAUGGCCGUGACAAGAAAUAUGACGAAGCACUGCGUGAUGCUGAGCAAGCACUCUUCCUCGCUAGAUCUCGUGGAAAGAGGGAAUUGAUAGGACAGGCACAGAUGCGCCGUGGUAUCACUUUGUUUCAGAUGGACCGCUUCGCAGAUGCCGAAUUCACCCUGCACAAAGCAAAGGCAAUCCUACCAAAUGAGAAGACGAUUCCGAUUUGGGAGGCAAAGGCCAAAGCAGGGCUAGCUAAGAAUCCGGGACAAGAUAUUGCUGUCGAGGAAUACGUUACGGAACCCAACCAACCUACCGAAGCUCAGCAACUCACUCCCGCAGACUCGGCUGCCAGCGCAACAUCUACCGCAGCAGCUGCUCCGGCUCCUUCCACCCCCGCCGUUCCCCCAGCUCCCCAGAAAGUCCGCCAUGAAUGGUACCAAACCCCUGCGGCCAUCAAUCUCACCUUCUUCGCAAAAGGCAUCCCAUCCGACAAAGUCUCUGUACAAUUCCAACCCAUCACUUUCUCCAUCAGCUUCCCCCUCGCCGACGGUUCCGACUAUAUCUACGAAAUCGAUCCCCUAGGCGGAAAAAUCGAUGUGGAGAACUCCAGUCAUAAAGUCAUGUCCACAAAAAUCGAAAUCAAGCUCGCGAAAGCCACGGGCGGUCAGCAAUGGGCGACCCUUGAAGGGGCUGAAGUCCUCCCAGACCCCAAAGCUUCCGUACACGCAUACCCGACCUCGUCCCGCAACGGACCGAAGAACUGGGAGAGUUUGUCGACGAAUCUCGAUAGUGCUACGGGACCUGACGCAGAGCCGAUUGGUGAUGCCGCGCUGAAUCAGUUGUUCCAGACGUUGUAUAAGGAUGCGGAUGAGGAUACUAGGAAGGCGAUGAUUAAGAGUUAUACCGAGAGUGGGGGAACGAAGUUGAGUACGAAUUGGUCGGAGGUUGGGAAAGAAUACCAGGCGCCUACCCCACCUGAGGGAAUGGAGGCGCGGAAAUGGUCGUAGGUUGCAAAAGAUCUUGCUUGCGAAAGGUGAAUGCAUCGCAUAGCCUAUUCAGAUGAAGGAGUAUCAUAAGCCAAGCACGAUGAACGAAGGGUA